AUGCCCAGCCUGUUGCUCCCUGAAUGCACGCGGUACGUCGAACCGCCGACGACCAACGAGGAUCUCGAUUUCGUAAACCUCUCUAUCAUCGACCUCGCGAAAGCCCGUAACCGUGCUUCUCGUGACGAGGUUGUCGCGCAGCUGCGCGACGCGCUCCGGACGCAAGGCUUUAUAUAUGCUAUCAACCAUGGAUACACUAAAUCCCAGCGAGAUAGGAUGUUCGAUAUCGCCAACGUAUCGUUUUCCGACGUCUCGGCGGAGGAGAAACAGAUCUACGUCGCGAACAUUGAGAAGGUAGGAUACUAUCAGGGCUACAAGCCUCGCCAGUACUGGAAAGUCGGCACGGACACCGACGUGCGCGACCAAAUCGAACAGUACGCAAUCAACAAGAACGUACACAGGCGUCCUCACCCGCAGAGUCUUCGUCCGUUCCUGCCCGAGAUCGACGACUUUGUCAAGCACAACCACUUCAAUAUCGUCCAUCCUCUUCUGAGGUUGAUCGCUCUCAGCCUCGAGCUCCCGGAGGACACCCUCGUUAACAAACACAGGUUCGAGGGAAUCGGCGAGAGCUGCUUUAGAACUCUCAAGUACUUCAGGCGAAGCCCAGAAGACGAGGAGAAGUCGAAUGGUGUCUGGCUCAAGGGCCAUACCGACAUCGGCUCCCUCUCCGUCUUAUGGAGCCAGCCCGUGACCGCUCUCCAAAUCCUCUCCGCCGAAGGUAAAUGGCAAUGGGUCCGCCACAUCGACAACGCCGUCGUCGUCAACACCGGCGACAUGCUCAACUUCCUCACUGGCGGCUUUAUCAAGCCCACGAUUCACCGCGUCGUCCAGCCGCCAGAGGACCAGCGCGCGUACGACCGUCUCGGCUUGUUCUACUUCUCCAUGCCCGAGGACGCCGUCGUCCUCAAGCCGCUCUCGGGAAGCCCCGUCCUCGAGAAAGCAGGCGCGCAGUCCGAGUUCCAGGAGGGCGAGGCGCCCACCGUGGAGGCCUGGAGGAUCAGUCGCACGAUCACCUAUGGGCGCACGCAGCUCAAGAAGGCGGACGGGAACAUCGAGACUGAGAUCGUGCAGGGUGCCGUUGUGAAGCAUUACAACUAA